UCACUGUGUCGUCUACCCUUAACGGGUGCAGUUCGUUCUGGUCUCGAGAGUCGUGCGCGAAUUUCAUUUCCUAAGGCCUUCCGCUGACUGGCCAUCGAUUUUGUGCAGAAAAGCUCAGAGUUUUCAUCAGCGAAAAGUUGCCCAACCGUUUAAACAAAGCGCAGCCAAGACGCUAGUGUACGCGAGUGAAAGAAUUUCUCAGUUGGUCAAGUGAAUUUACCACUAGAAAGUUAAUAAAUAAAGCAAAGAGUGACAAACGAAAAAAAAAACAAAUUUUACCUUAUCAAACAUUAACUAAAAAUCAAAUCACACAUAAGUGCAAUCGAUUCCUUACAACUUAUGCUAUAAUGAGCUUUAAGGAUAUAGCCGCCCAAUAAGCCAGCAAUCGUUUGGCCUAAACUAAAGUUAACCGGAAACCAGGACACCCACAGAGAGGAAGAAGGACAAGAUGUCGUCGGUUAAGGUGGCGGUGCGAGUGCGCCCCUUCAACUCGCGCGAAAUAGCCAGGGAGUCGAAAUGCAUCAUCGAGAUGGCAGGAGCCACAACGGCCAUCACCAAUCCAAAGGUGCCGCCCAACACAAGCGAUUCAGUAAAGCGCUUCAACUUUGAUUACUCCUACUGGUCACAUGAUCACCACGAUGCCGAUUUCUCCACACAAUCGAUGGUGUACAAGGACAUUGGCGAGGAGAUGUUACAGCACUCCUUCGAUGGCUACAAUGUCUGUAUCUUUGCCUAUGGCCAGACUGGAGCUGGAAAGUCGUAUACCAUGAUGGGCAGGCAGGAGGAGCAGCAAGAGGGCAUAAUACCCAUGAUAUGCAAGGAUCUGUUCACUCGCAUACAGGAUACUGAGACCGAUGACCUCAAGUACUCGGUUGAGGUUUCCUAUAUGGAAAUCUAUUGCGAGCGAGUCAGGGAUUUGUUGAAUCCGAAAAACAAGGGCAAUCUGCGUGUGAGGGAGCAUCCCCUUUUGGGUCCCUAUGUGGAGGAUUUGUCCAAACUAGCCGUUACCGAUUACCAGGACAUUCACGAUCUCAUUGAUGAAGGCAACAAAGCUCGAACUGUGGCAGCUACUAACAUGAACGAAACCAGUUCCCGCUCUCAUGCCGUCUUUACAAUCUUCUUCACCCAACGUCGUCAUGAUCUGAUGACCAAUUUGACCACAGAAAAGGUAUCCAAGAUAAGCUUGGUAGACUUGGCCGGGUCGGAACGAGCGGAUUCCACUGGUGCCAAGGGCACUCGCUUGAAGGAGGGAGCCAACAUUAACAAGUCCUUGACCACAUUGGGCAAAGUUAUCUCAGCUUUGGCGGAAGUGGCUUCCAAGAAAAAGAACACCAAGAAGGCAGAUUUUAUUCCGUACCGUGAUUCGGCCUUGACCUGGCUGUUACGUGAAAACUUGGGAGGAAAUUCGAAGACAGCUAUGAUUGCGGCUAUCUCACCAGCAGAUAUUAACUACGAUGAAACCCUCAGCACACUGCGCUAUGCGGAUCGUGCCAAGCAAAUUGUUUGCAAGGCUGUGGUCAAUGAAGAUGCCAAUGCCAAGCUGAUUCGCGAACUCAAGGAGGAGAUCCAGAAGCUGCGGGACUUACUCAAAGCCGAGGGCAUUGAAGUGCAGGAAGAGGAUGAGCUCACCAAGUCAACGGUGAUCAAGUCGCCCACUAAGUCACGUAAUCGUAAUGGAUCCACCACGGAGAUGGCUGUGGAUCAGCUGCAGGCCAGCGAGAAACUUAUUGCAGAGCUCAACGAGACCUGGGAGGAGAAACUUAAGCGCACCGAGGAGAUUCGCGUGCAGCGAGAGGCGGUCUUCGCCGAAAUGGGUGUGGCUGUCAAGGAAGAUGGAAUAACAGUUGGCGUAUUCUCACCGAAGAAGACUCCGCAUUUGGUCAACCUAAACGAGGAUCCCAAUCUGUCUGAGUGUCUGCUUUACUACAUCAAGGAGGGUCUAACUCGGUUGGGUACCCAUGAAGCAAAUGUGCCCCAGGACAUUCAGCUCUCCGGAUCGCACAUCCUCAAAGAGCACUGCACCUUUGAGAACAAGAACAGCACGGUUACCCUGCUGCCACACAAGGAUGCUAUCAUCUAUGUAAAUGGACGCAAGUUGGUUGAACCGGAGGUUCUUAAGACCGGUUCUCGCGUGAUCCUCGGAAAGAACCACGUGUUCCGCUUUACCAAUCCAGAACAGGCACGCGAAUUACGGGAUAAGAUCGAGACCGAAAAUGAGGCUGAGAACGAAGUGGAGAAGACAGACACCCAGCAGGUGGACUGGAAUUUUGCCCAGUGCGAAUUGCUCGAGAAGCAAGGCAUUGAUCUUAAAGCUGAAAUGAAGAAGCGUUUAGACAACUUGGAGGAACAAUACAAGCGGGAGAAACUUCAGGCCGAUCAGCAAUUCGAGGAGCAGCGCAAAACGUACGAGGCUCGCAUCGAUGCUUUGCAAAAACAGGUUGAGGAGCAAUCCAUGACCAUGUCCAUGUACAGCAGCUACUCGCCGGAGGAUUUCCACCAGGAGGAGGACGUCUACACCAACCCCAUGUACGAAUCCUGCUGGACAGCAAGAGAGGCUGGCUUGGCUGCCUGGGCUUUCCGCAAGUGGCGUUACCACCAAUUCACCUCUUUGCGAGAUGAUCUCUGGGGCAAUGCUAUAUUCCUUAAGGAAGCGAAUGCCAUUUCCGUUGAGUUAAAGAAGAAGGUACAAUUCCAAUUUACUCUCUUGACCGACACCUUGUACUCUCCUUUGCCGCCUGAGCUGGCAUCCACUGUGGCUCCUGUGCAUCAGGAGGAUGAGUUCGGAGCUCCACCUGUCUCUAAGACCUUGGUGGCCGUCGAAGUAACCGAUACUAAGAACGGAGCCACUCACCACUGGUCUCUGGAGAAGUUACGCUAUCGCCUCGAGCUGAUGAGACAAAUAUACAAUGUCGAGAGCCCACCAUCGUCCAUGCUGUUCGAUACGUCCGGCAUGGAGGCAUUGAGCGGAUGGAUCUCACCACCCAGCCAACAUCCUGGCCAGCAGGCGCAGCUGCUCCCAUUGGAGCCACCAGUCGAAAGCGAGCGUGGUCGUCUCACAUUGGCCAAUCUGAUACCUUCUAGGCAACGUUUGGAGCUGAUGCGCGAGAUGUACCACAACGAAGCCGAAAUGAGUCCCACUUCACCGGACUAUAAUGUGGAGAGCCUCACUGGUGGAGAUCCAUUCUACGAUCGCUUCCCCUGGUUCCGCAUGGUGGGUCGCUCCUUCAUCUAUCUGAGCAACCUGCUCUACCCAGUGCCAUUGGUCCACAAGGUGGCCAUUGUCAACGAACGCGGAGAUGUGCGUGGCUACCUAAGGAUUGCUGUGCAGCCCGUUCUGGAUGAGGAGUCCAUUGAUUUCAAUAAUGGUGUCAAGCAGUCAGCUCGCUUGGUUUUCAAUGAGGAUGAUGCCAAACCGAAAUACCGAGCUCUCAAUGAAAAGGAUGAUGUGCAGCGCUAUAUUGACAAUGGUGGUUUGGACAGCAAGCUGGAGGAACUUGAGGAUGUGGACUCUGGUCGUGGCAUUGACUCUAACUCCGCAUCCGAGUGCCACGAAAAUUCGGAGGAGCCUGGCGAGCAUCUGCAGGUGGGCAAGGAGUUCACUUUCCGGGUCACUGUGCUACAGGCCACUGGUAUUGGGGCUGAAUAUGCCGAUAUCUUCUGCCAGUUCAACUUUUUGCAUCGUCAUGAGGAGGCUUUCUCCACCGAACCCGUCAAGAAUUCGGCAUCGGGUGCUCCUCUAGGCUUCUACCAUGUGCAGAACAUAACUGUACCCGUAACCAAAUCCUUCAUCGAGUAUUUGAAGACCCAACCCAUAAUGUUCAAGAUAUUUGGGCACUACCAGACGCACCCAUUGCAUAAGGAUGCCAAACAGGAUUUUGUUUCUCGGCCACCACCACGUCGCAUGUUGCCACCGAGCAUACCGAUCAGUCAGCCAGUGCGUAGUCCCAAGUUUGGACCACUACCGUGUGCACCCACGUCUACGGUUUUGGCUAAGCACGAUGUUUUGGUUUGGUUUGAAAUCUGUGAAUUGGCUCCCAAUGGAGAAUAUGUGCCAUCGGUGGUGGAGCACAGCGAUGAUCUUCCCUGCCGCGGACUGUUCCUCUUGCAUCAGGGCAUCCAGCGGCGCAUUCGUAUUACUAUCGUACAUGAGCCCACAACCGAGGUGAAGUGGAAGGACAUCAAUGAGUUGGUGGUUGGACGUAUCCGCAAUACACCGGAGUCAUCCGACGAACAGGACGAAGACGCCUGUGUCUUAUCUUUGGGCUUGUUCCCAGGCGAGGCUUUGGAGGUGCCCGGAGAUGAUAGAUCUUUCUACCGUUUUGAGGCUGCCUGGGACUCGAGUCUGCACAACUCGGCACUGCUCAACCGCGUUUCUCAAGGCGGUGAGACCAUCUACAUCACCCUGAGCGCUUACUUGGAGCUGGAGAAUUGCGCCCGCCCGGCCAUAAUUACCAAGGACCUGAGCAUGGUUAUCUAUGGACGCGAUGCCCGCACCGGUCCGCGCUCCCUGAAGCACCUGUUUUCGGGACAGUACCGCAAUCCGGAGGCCAAUCGCCUAACCGGGGUUUACGAGCUAGCACUGCGCAGAGCAUCCGAAGCAGGUAGUCCAGGUGUACAAAGGCGUCAACGUCGAGUGCUGGACACCAGCUCUACUUAUGUGCGCGGCGAGGAGAAUCUUCAUGGCUGGAGGCCAAGGGGUGACUCCCUGAUCUUCGACCACCAGUGGGAGCUGGAGAAACUCACCAGACUUGAAGAGGUUGGACGCAUGCGGCACUUGCUUCUGCUGCGCGAACGUCUGGGCAUGGACACCAACCCAAAUCCGACCACCAAGACCGAGAAGGAUGUAUGCAAUCUAGCUGCUCGGGCAGCCACAUCACCCGUACAUAUGGUCAUUCCACAAUCGCCGCAGACUCCGGUCAAGGACCCACAGCAAAUCAUUCCAGAACGCGAAUACAACCAACGGGAGCAGGAUCUCAUGCUUAAAUGCUUAAAGUUGGUGCAGGGACGCUAUACUAAGAGCGAGGCCAACGAUACGCAAACUCAGUCGGAUGUUUCGCCUAGCGAUGAGGGAUGCGCCGACAUGACCGUCAGCUGCAUCUCCAGCAAUUCCAUGGAAAACAACAAAUUUGUAAUUCGACGCAGAUUAUGUUCACCGGAUCGAGCUGAUGCACCCAAUGGCUGGGAGGCACCUGCUCCGGCUACUCAGCCGGCUCUUCCCCUCCGUCUCUAUGUGCCGGAACUGGAGGAGAUUCGCGUGAGUCCUGUGGUGGCCCGCAAGGGUCUGUUGAAUGUCCUGGAGCACGGCGGUUCCGGCUGGAAGAAGCGCUGGGUGAUCGUCCGUCGCCCGUACGUGUUUAUCUACCGCUCGGAGAAGGAUCCCGUUGAACGGGCUGUCCUCAAUCUGGCGACUGCGCAUGUGGAGUGCAGCGAGGACCAGGCGGCCAUGGUCAAGAUACCCAACACAUUCAGUGUGGUGACCAAGCAUCGUGGCUAUCUGCUGCAAACUCUCGGUGACAAGGAAGUACACGACUGGCUGUAUGCUAUCAAUCCAUUGCUUGCUGGGCAGAUAAAAUCCCGCCUGGCGCGACGGACUUUGGAGCCUGCUAGCCAGACGGCUUCCCAGAUCCAGGCCACCAAUGCGGCGAAUGCCAAUAGUGCGAGCAAAUGAGAUACGAUUACGAUGGAGUCCGUUUUGGUUUACUGAGACGCAGGCUAUGGCUGGCUGCAGCGCCUGAGUAUCGCCAGACGACUGGUCAGGCGGAGAUCACAACAAAUGGCAGGGACAGCAGCUGGCAACUGAUUGAUAUAGCUUGAAGGAUUCCAUCGGAAGAGGGAAAUGAAAUAGAUGAUUGUUGCUGUGAAAGCACAUCUUAAUCGAAUGCAAAAAUCAGAGAUAAUGAGCAGAAAGAAACCAAAUGCAAAGCGUACGUAAUUAUUAAGUAGUUCAACAACAACCUAUACAACAAUGGAUUAUAUUACAUUUCGUGAUUAGUUGGCCACGGCCCAAAGAGUAGGCACUAGCAGCUCCAAUCAGAUACGAUAGCCUACUUUUUAGAAUCCCCUUCGAUUAGUUUUAUUGGACAAUUUUGUAAAUAGCCUUCGUUUGAUUCGAUUGUAUAAAUAUUUGGUAUUAGUUAACGGACCAUUUAGUUUCAGUUCCCACGUGAUAUUAUGUUGAUCAGUUAGACUAUGUAUUUUUUCUCAAGUAUGCGACAAAUAUGUAAAGCUUGUAAUGCAAACAAACACACACGUAUAUGCAUUUUAAUGGAGCAAACUAAAGCAAAAUACAGACAUAUAUAUAAAUGAGGAACUAUAUGUAAUGAAUUAAUGUAUAAAACCCUAUAUAUUUGCUGUUUAUACACAAAUUUUCAUGUACUUGUAUUGUUUAACUUAAAAAGAGCAGGUAAACGCCAGAGAAAAUUAUGAUACCAAAAAUAUGUGUGUGUGUGUUAAAGAAAGACCGUACAGUAUAUAGGAUAUAGGAGACGUGAGGUAUAAGCUCAGCAGAAUUGCGAAAUCUCUAUAAAGGUAACGAUUAUUGUUAGAUCUAUAUAUAUAUACAAGCAAAACAGAACUAUAUGCGAAUGAAACUAUUUUACACACCAGAGUUACGAACCAUGAAAUCGGCGCUGCUAUAACUCAGCUGCCCCACAUUGUCAACUGUUGACGGCUUUUAAGGCUUCUCCCCCCACAGACUCCCCACAAAAAUACCAAACAGUUUCGCUUCUAAAAUGCUCCCUCUCGGAACCACCUGCUAAAGCUUCAAGCAACACGUUACGGAACAAACCAAUUGUAGUUUUGAUAAGAGUCUUAAACUAGUACGCAAUGGCCACCUGUAUAUUUCCCAACUGAAAAUGAAACCGACAUUUUGCUUUGCUUGCGAAAAGAACUUUGAAUUUAAUUUGCGUUUCGCCAUCGGUUGAUGCACGAGCUUAGGUCAGGUUAAUGGAUCAAUUGGAGCUUCACUUGUGCCCGGAUCACAAGCCUCGAAGCUCCCAAAGUUGUUGAAGGGAUCGCUUUCGUUUGUGUCGCAAAAAUGGACACGGAACGUUAAGCGAUCGUUGCUGGAUCGAGGAAUACGUAUUCUUUUAGAAAUCGUUUCGGAACUGAGUCGGCGUUUUGGGUUUUGAGUUAAUUGUAGCAAAAUGUAAACAUUUGUUAAACUAUUGAAUUAAUUUCCAAUUGUAACAUAUUAGAGAAUUGUAAUUACAAUAAUCAUUUUACAAGCAUAUUAUAUGAUAUCUAUGUAUGUAAUAACCUAUUUUGGCCCAGUUUGAAUUUACCAACAAAAGAAUUGCACACACCAAAAAUAUAGAGCUAUAUAUUAGCGAAGCGAGUUAACGAGCAAGAAACUCAACUUAUAUAUGCGUAUAUGGUACAAUACAUUUCAAAAUCGAUUUAAAUAUGUACAUCGGCUAUAUAUCAAUGUAUGUAAGAGAUGAUUGCCUGGCAACCGUUUCCAAUGACAGAUGAAAAUUAGAAGAGCAGAACCAACGCGUGGAAAAUGAGGGAAAACCUAUGCUAUGUGUAUGUAUAAUCCAAAACAAAUUGAUAUUUGCCAGGGCGUAUCACUAUUAAAGAAAUAUAAAAUAAAACGGCUUUAAAU